AUGUCAUCAGAUUACUCGACUCUACCCAAAGCCCUCCACCCACGUCUUGGUAAGGAUAAUGAGGAAGCUUUGGAAAAUCUUGCCAGUGAUGGAUUUGAUGACCUCCAUGAAGACUUGAAACCAAGCAAAGAGGCCCGGGCAGGAAAUGCGCCGAGACCUCCAAUCAUGUGCUGGGGCUUUCCAGUGAGCUUCGAGAUGAUGGAGAACUAUGCCGACAAUGGUUUAGAUGUAGCUUUGACUGAUAAACCAGACGAGAAAGAAGACGCCGAAUGUGCAGAACGCACAUUGGAAGAAGAUGCAAAGGACGCAGAGGGCGCAGAAGGUGCAGAAGGUGCAGAAGGCGCAGAAGGUGCAGAAGGUGCAGAAGACGCAGACGACGCAGACGACGCAGAAGAUGCGGAUACGAAGAAUGUAGAAGAAGGCAACUCGGGCAGCGACUGGGAUGAUGACGACUCUUACCACCGAUUCAAUUUGGACAAGGUAUCUUAUACCAUGGAUCACAUCAACGCUAUGCUCGAAGCCGAGAUGGACGAACCAUUCAAAUCUCUUUUUUAUUUCAGUACCAUGUCAUGCUGGAGCGAAGGGGUAUUGACGACGAUAUUCUGUCUGUAUACGAACUAUCACCCAACCGAGUGUUAUGGUGCGCAGUCACGGUUGCCUGAAAGCGUUAAGCUAGCAUGUAAAUACAUUGCAACCGGUCCAGCUAAGUGGUAUGUCGACGCAGCUUCUUCUCACUGGGAUUGGGAAGUGCAAGAUACCCAGUGGCCAGAUGUACUUGUGAGUAUCGUACACUUGCCUAUUUAUGCAUCCCUUCUCAACCCUUCCUCUUUAUAA